AUGCCUUUGUUUCCUGCGGAUCCCGCUUCGCCUCACCGUAUUUUAUCGCAGUUUUCCUCUCUUCUGCAUCAUCCGGAUCCCAUGCGCCUCUCGCCGGCUUCCUGUCGUGUUCGCUCAGCCGCAGGGGGGCUGUAUCCUGUCGUCCUCGACGGAGUGCAGACGCUCCUGAAUCUGCGCAGCGCACCUUCACUUCUCUACGCACGCGUUCCUGCGGGGAGCGAAGCGGCGUCUGGGCGCUUUUCUCCGCUGCUGUGGCGGUGCUCCUUUCGACUCUUUGCCCUCCUCGGACUCGGCGCUCUCGAGUUCGCCUUCUUCCUCGCAGACUGCGCGUCUCCGCAGAGCCCCUGCAGGUCGGCGCUCUUCCCGGGGUCUUCGCCUCCGCAGAGAAACGAAGCAGAAAGCACUCACGGGCCGCUUGGGCUAGACGCGAGGCGAGCACGAGAUGAGGAUACCCCCAGCGCCUCGCAAGCGCCACAGCAGGCGCCAGACUCCCGCGCGUUUGGCCUCAAGUGUGAAGAGCUGUGGGCGACAGCGCUCGUGUUUGCGUGCGUCUUCGGCUUCGCGGAAGUUCCACUCAGUAGCGGAGAGGGCGGCGGAGACUGCGUGGGAGGCGAUGCCUGCGAGUUGCCGUCGCCUGCCUCAACGCAGCAGAACGAGCAGCGAGCCGCCAAGGAAGGAGUCCAGGUGUGGCACGCGAGCGCAGCGGCAACCCGCUCGGGAAGCCGCUGCGCGAGCGACAGCCAUGCAGCGAGUGGAAACCUGUUUGGGGAGCCGCAGGCAACUGCUGUAGAGGACCUUCUCGACAGGUUGCGACGGCAGCCUCUGCCGCCAGAGCGGGCCUGCCUCCGCCGAGUGGAUCUGCUGCUGGCCUUGAAAAAGAGCGCUGCGGCCCUCGAGGCGGUGCACGGCAUCUCGUUUCCUUCCUUUCUUCUCUGCGUUCGCCUCAUCUCCGCUCGCUUCGCUCAACCUCGUCUUCAGUGCGCGCAGGCUCACACCCAGACUGCUGCGCUCGAGCCUCUCCUUCGCGCCUUCAACCACUUCAUCCAGAAUCCGGGCGAGCGGCGGGACGGGCGCGUCCCUGAGUCCGCUGCGGCCUCUGCGCCUGCUUCACUCUCCGCUCCGUCUGAGCCGCCGCCGUCAGCCGCCUCAUCCUCCCCCCUGCCGAGCUCGCAGCCCACACCCUCGCUGCGGCGUCCGCUCAGAGUGUUUGCCUUGCGGCCGACGCUGAUGGCGGUCUGCGUGGCUCCUUUUGUGGAGGAGCUGAGUGCGUCUCGCCUGUGGCACAGUGAACCCAAGAAGCUUCUUAUCGUCCGGACGGCGCGAAAUGAGAUGUUUCUCCACCUCUCCGAGUCUGCGCGUUCGCCGUCGCUUCCUCCGCUCUGCAAUCCGCCCAUUCUGUACGAACACCUCGUAUGCGACGCGCGAUUUCCAUUUUAUUCAGUUCGGCUCCUCGUCAGACUCUCCCUUUCUGCGCGCGCGGAAGUCUUCUCCGUCACCGACCUCGACGCCUUCCUCCCCGAUCGGGCCUGCGAGUCGCCGGGGUCGCUCACGAGCUGCGAUCGGAGCCCUGGCGAGAGCGCAGAUCACGUUUGUGCGAGCGAACCGCACGUUCAGGACGCGCACGCCAAAAGGGAGGAAGGAGUGAGACUCCAAGAAGAGGGGACACACACGGAGGACUGCGCCGGUCGAGAGACGGCCGCAGAGGCGAAUGCGCGCGGCGGACCGCAAGACAGCGACAGAAUAAGAAGACCGAGAGGAGACGGCGGGGGCCGCGACGCCGAGGCUCGACAGCUUGAGGCAAAAUGCGAACGUAGAGAGGAAGGGGGCUUUCUAGCAGACGACGAAACCGGUGAACAGUGCGAAAGAGAGGUUGUAUCGCGACUUAUCAAGGCGCUCACGCAACAAUGGGACGCCGACUUCGUUCGAGCCCUCAAAGCCACUCACGAGGCGGGGAAAAAAGACAACACCGUCACCUUCAUGUGUGCGUGCUGCAUGCGCCAUCGCUCCUCUUCUUCCUCCGGAAGUUCCUCUACAGGCUCUCGCUCCAGCUGCUGUGCGUCGGCUCCUUCUCACGCAGAGUGCGGCGCCGCGCAGACCGACGCGCGUCCCGCCCUUGAGAGGACAGUCGCGAGGCGAGAAGCAAUCGCACCGCAAGGCGAAACGGCGCCCACGAGGCCUCUGGUCAGGCCGCUGCAGUCCGCUGGGAAGGGCAAGGAAACUCCUACAGAAUGCAGAUGUUGCCGGCGAAGAUAUGAAGUGUAUCCAAGCGACGGCGGCGACUUGCUCCGGACUUCUUCUGCGUCUUCUCUCGCUUCUUCUUCCGCUUGCAGUGGCCUCGCUUCGCAGCGUGUGUCGCCUGCCGGCCGGCUGUUUGCCUGCUGUUGCUGCUGCGGGUCGUGGCCCCCCCCCUCGAGAGCUUAUGCUGCAUGUGAUUUUUCGAAUUCCGAAGGGCAGCCUCACGAGCCGCCCGAUCCUCCGUGCCGCCCCGCCGCGGCGCAUCCUUCUUCUUUGACAGAGCUCGACGAAGAGCAGAGGCGAGGCAGGGCUGGCGCGCAUGCAGAGGGCCGCCUGGCGCCUCGACAGCGCAUGCCGUGGCUGACGGGAGGGAUGAAAGUCGAACUCAAAACAGCCUUUCUGCCUGGUCGCCAGGGGGCCUCGCCCCAGGCGGCAGGCAUCUCGUUUGUUCGUCUGGCGCGCGAAAACGCGCCUCGCCUCCGUGGAGUCCUGCUCCGCGCGGCUGUUCAGUGUUUCCUCGGCGGCACGGAGCUUCUGAAACUCGCCCGAAAGAGAGACGUUGCUCUCGAGGUUCGCCUCGGGCAGCCCAGGGGCGCCUCGGCGGAGCGACUGCCGGAGACUACACGAGCAGGCGAGGAAGGAGACGGCGAGGCGAGACACGACAGCAGACAGCGCCAGCACACAGGAAGACGUGCGCAGGCAGAUGCCGGCAGGCGAGACGACAGACGUCGACGAGCGGGACGAGAAAGAGGCGCACAGGGCCCGAAUCCAAGAGAUGAACGCGAGGAGAAAGGCAGCAAGGUCAAGGUGCCCAUCGUCGACGCAUCCCCGUGGACGGCCGCGAGGCCGCAGCUGGCAGACCUCGUCGGCACCCACUUCACUCGAAGGAACUUGCGCGACAUUCUGUCUGCGUUCAUUGCGUUCCUCGACCACCGCGUCCCGCCCUCCGGCGAACUUUACUCACUAGUCUUCUCGCCCGAGGGGCACGUUAGCGACUUCAAGAAAGAGAUGGACCCAACUCUAGCCUCCUUUCUACCUUCCUGGGCGACACCUAGCUGA